GCCGAUUUCGCACACUUGAGGGCUUGCGCCGGCCAUAUAGGACAGAUGUCGUUGGGUUCCAGCUUUACUUCCCGCAUCUCGUUCAGCAGCGCAGGCGCCCGCUGCCACUGCUCGCCCUUCUUUCACGCGCUGAUCCCAGCGCUUUAGCUGCUGGCUUCGGGCUCUUUGUUGCUCCCACAUCUCGCUGAGCAACAUGCAUGACCCGCUGCCACUGCUUGCUAGUCUCGCCCGCGUUGGGCUCCGAUUUCGGCUUCCGCAUCUCGCUGAGCAGUAAGCAACGGGGGCUGCUGCCACUGAUCAACCUUCCAGCGCGCGCUGGUCCCGCCGCUGCAGCCGACGAUGAUAAUGGAACCCACCUUCGCUUGCCAAAUCUCGCUGAGCCGCGCCAGGGCACGCUGUCAUUGCUCUGCCCGCUCCGCUUGUGCAAACUGAACACGUACGAGGUCACGAGUAGAUUGGCCCGUGGAGCCCGCAGGAAACGCACAUGCUGCGCUGGAGGCGGAGGCCUGGUCGACCCUCAGGAGCGACCCCAGCUUGCUCUAGGGAGGAGCCCGAACCCGCCGACGCCAAAACAAUUGGCACAACUGACUUUCUCACACGCGCUGACAACCGUGCUGUAGCUGGUGACCCCGGGCACCAACUUCGCCUCCCACAUAUGACUGAGCAGCGACACGGCCAUCUGCCACUGCAUACUUUUGUCGCACGCGAUGAUGCCGGCGUUGUAGCUGAUGACGGUGGGUUCCACCGUUCCCUCCCACAUAUCGCUGAGCAGCGAGAGGGCCCGCUGCCACUUAUCGCAUUUCUCGCACGCGCUGAUCCCAGCGCUGUAGCUGAUGACGGUGGGUUCCAAUGACGUCGGGCUCCAGCCUCGCCUCCCGCAUCUCGCUCAGUAGCGCCAGGGCCCGCUGCCACUGCUUGCCCUUCUCGCACGCACUGAUCCCAGCACUGUAGCUCAUGACGUUGGGCUCCAGCCUCGCCUCCCGCAUCUCGCUCAGCAGCGCCAGGGCCCGCUGCCACUGCUCGCCCUUCUCGCACGCACUGAUCCCAGCGUUGUAGCAAGAUGACGUUGGGCUCCAGCCUCGUCUCCCACAUCUGGCUCAGCAGCGCCAGGGCCCGCUGCCACUGCUCACACUUCUCGCACGCACUGAUCCCAGCGCUGUAGCUAGAUGACGUUGGGCUCCAGCCUCGCCUCCCGCAUCUCGCUCAGCAGCGCCAGGGCCCGCUGCCACUGCUCGCCCUUCUCGCACGCACUGAUCCCAGCGUUGUAGCUGACCAGUGUGAACCCGUGAUUUCCCUCCUCGCACGCGCCGCGACCAGAAGUGUAGUACAGAUGACGUUGGGCUCCAGCCUCGCCUCCCGCAUCUCGCUCAGCAGCGCAAGCGCCCGCUGCCACUGCUCGCCCUUCUCGCACGCACUGAUCCCAGCGCUGUAGUACAGAUGACGUUGGGCUCCAGCCUCACCUCCCGCAUCUCGCUCAGCAGCGCAAGCGCCCGCUGCCACUGCUCGCCC